GUUAUGUUUGUCAGAGCUGAGCACGUGAUCGGGCUUUCUUUUUUUGCUAUUUCCUCAACACACACAAACAGGGAGACGCACAGACGCACACAUUCCCAGAUUUCACUUGGCAAGGGCCAGUCUGCCUUCUGUCAAUCUGUAAUAGCUUACAGCUGGGAGAGGAAGGGAAGGGGGGGAGCGAGAGAGAGAGAGAGAGAGAGAGAGAGAGAGAGAGAGAGAGAGAGAGAGAGAGAGAGAGAGAAGGGGGGUCUUAUGCAGACAUCACAUCACAUGAGCAGGGAUCUGUUUACAAACUGAACGGGAGCAGUCACUUCACCACAGCCAUGAAGGAUCGGGAAUAAAGAAAAGGAAACUUACAUCUUGUAGGAGGUUGGUAGAUCUUAUCAGUUUACUGGAAUAAUAACUAGACGCCGAUAAUUAGAAUUAUUCUUAUUGAAGGAAAGCACAGCUUGAAGUCCUUUUUUUCCAUUGUGUGGUAGGAAUCCUUUGUUUUGGUUUUUAAAUAGCAAGUUCUGAAAGCAAGACAGGUCCACUUGAGCCUCUGGUGCUAAUGGCCAAAGAAAGUCAACGUCACUGAUCAUAUUACAGACAUGCUUGUUCUGCAUUAAAAACAAUGCACUGACAGUGUUGGCAUAGAGGCGUGCUGCUGCUGGUGACUGGGGUUCGGACUUGCAUUGAAGAGCUCAUCUCAAAACUGCAGCAUACGUCAAAAAGCUGGACCUAACUGUUUGAUUCACUCGUAAGCCACUUGAAAGCACUGGGUGAGGUUUCUGAGGCUGUCAGUACAAGAAUAACUGGAAAACGUGUUGUAAUAGACACACCUUUGGAACAUUUCAGAACCAAGAAAAAGACAUUGUGAAGGGGUUUGAACUGGAAUCUGCUGGCUUUCCCUGGAAUCAGUAGCUCUGCUCCUGGAAGAAAUACAAGACAAUAGCUUGUGGGAGUGCAGUGCAGUAUAUACCCUGAUAUCCAAUAUAUUUGUGCAUGCUUGUGGAAUCAGCACUGAUUUGUUUCCUGUUCAAACCAGUAAGAAUCGGACGUCAAGCCCGUCCUCUCAAUCCAUCGUAGUGAAGUUCUCCCCAUGCAUGCUGACUGGGUAGACUGGCAGUUCUCUGUGACAGGGAGGCAGACCGCUUUUGGCUGUUUUGCUGGAUUGCUGUAGCCGUUCGGAGUCGUAUUUCAUGCACCCAUUCCAGUGGUGUAACGGAUGUGUGUGCGGACUCGGGUUUCAGCAUUUUGACGAGUCCUGUAAGAUGUCUUCAGAAGAAACCUCUGACCUCCCACUAAACGUCUACGUGAUUAUUCUGGGCGUCGGGCUCUUCAUUUUCAUGCUGAGCUUGAUAUUCUGCUGCUACCUGUUCAGGUUGAGACGGCAGGGAAGGAGAGAGCAGUAUGGAUAUAAUGAGGUGGUGCUGAAGGGUGCAGGAAAGAAGCUUAGUCUCCUGGGGACGUGUGCCGUGUGUUUGGAAGAGUUCAAAGCCAAGGACGAGCUCGGGGUGUGCCCUUGUUCUCAUGCAUUUCACAAAAAAUGCCUGGUGAAGUGGCUGGAGAUCCGCAGCGUCUGCCCGAUGUGCAACAAGCUCAUCUGCAGGCUGGCAGACACGCGCCAGGGAGCUGAAGCACCACAGAACCAACAGGAAGUGUAAGGAGGAGGGAGGGAGGCAUGCAGGCUGCUGUGAAUGGAGCCAGCUAUCUCCAUGGUGAUGUGUCCCUUGGCAAGGCAGGCAGUGAUACUGCCCUUCCAAACAAAACCAGAUACAAUCAACUUGAGAGGGAAGUUGUGUUAUGUGUAACCAGCUGCCUUGCAGAGAAAUAACAAACGGGGAGCUGUGUGUGUAGGGAGGACAGUACAACCAAGUCUGCUGCUGUAUGUAUUGAAACAGGAGCCGAUUGACUGGGAAGUGCCACUUUUUAACCUCUCCUCUCAGACACUGCACAGAUCAGGGUGACUUUUCAAGACAUGUUCACCUUGAAUACAGAACGCUUUCUCAGACUUGGGAGCGUAGUUUUUGGAGCUUAUUUUGUUAAUAGCCCAAAAAUUAAGGGUGUGCAGACAAGCAUACUGGUUUUUGGAAGCUAAAUUGCUACUAACGAAUUGCCAAUGGACUGGGAAAGAAUUCAAGUACAGUGUUUCUAAUUAUUAUUAUUAUUUUCUUAUAUGUUAUUCUAAUAAAAACUGCUAGUGUUUUGGCGGUAUACAUGGCUUCUUGUUUUUUUUUAAAAGCAGUCCCAUUAGUAUCCCUAUCUCAGCCCCAGAGUGUGACUGUAGUGACCCAGUAUUUCUGUAUACAUGUCACAAACAGAAGCCAGAUAUUGUUCCAGUCAUGAAUGCUGAAACUAAUUUACAGAUUUUGUUAAACCUCAGUUUUCCAUGCUGAAAGAAAAUCUGCCUUAAUGGUUUUGGUGUGCAAGACACACCACGAAAGAAGGAUAAUUUUACAUCUCAAACCAAGCAAGUCAAACUAUUCCCCCAGCAGCUGUGGAAACAGAAAUUAGAACAGGACAGACAGGAAGGAUCCUUGUGCCCCAAAUAAAGUUAUUAGUAUUCUUUGUAGAACAAACAGCAAGUUAGACAAAUGGGGGA